CCAACACAGCUAGUGCUAACCAACCAUCCAACACAGCCACUUCAUCCAGUGCAACCACACCAUCCUGUACGACACGUCGAUGUCUGGCCAGCAUGCUGAUUGCGAAAGAAGCUCUGAGUCAGCCACAGUCUCCAUCAUGCAUCUCAAAUAUCAGUGUGCCGUCAAUAGUGUAUGAAACUCUGUCUGUCGUAAGUCCCUUUCUGUUCCUUUUAAUUGAGUUUUGUACAAUGUGAGGAGUUUCAGAGAUAACCUAUUGACAGUUGUAUCAUUAUGUGAUGAUUAAUUAUACCACAGCAUUGUUGAGUACUCAUUUACAAUUGGCUAAAAUGGCAUUCUAAAAUGGACAUUAAAACCAGCUAACGGGACAGUUGAAAAAUAUAUCGGGACAGUUGGAAAAGAUAUCUGGAUUAUGACACAUUAUGUGCCUACACAUGCAGACCGUACUUGCUACAAAGUUACAGAAAGCUAAACCAACAACCACACAAACCGAAAUUGGAUACAUUGUAAACGCAGGUACAACAAGGAAAAACUUAGCUAGCUAGCACUGAUUUGUUUUUCAGAUACUUAUUUUUUUGUGAGCGUCAGAUGACCUAAUGUGGUGAGUGAUGAACAUGCAUUUUUGCAGUCAUGACGGUAGCACUAUGCUGUCAAAUCAUCCCACGUUUUAAAUUUGACCAGCUGUUUUCAGCAACUGGUAUUUUUGAAUUAGGUUCCCAUAUUGGCAGAUUUGCUAGCAACAAACUAUUUAGCUAGCUUCUAGCCUAGUGUUUUGAUAUGCAAUGCGAUCUCCUCGUAAUGAACAGUGUCGAGCAUCCUGACGGAAAGGCAAACUUUUCUAGCUAUGCCAGGCAAAAUCAGGCUUGAUCAGCUCAUUGUUAUGGAUGUAUCCAAAUUAAUGCCAAUAGAAAAAAGCUUUAACAAAUGCAAAUGCAUCUACUUUGCUGUUAUUCUGGCAGCAGAGGUCGUGACUGUGUUAGCCAUAGCUAGUUGGCUAACUAGCAAGAAAGGGACAAGAAGGUUGCCAGCGAGCACAACAAAUAGAACGAACGACUGGGUCUCUAGCAAUUAAAAGAUGAGAAAGUAUGAAUUAUCUUAUAAAAAUGAAAAUAAAAAUGACAAAAUAGUAUUUCUACCUGUAAAUGUGUGCUUUAGUAUUGUUUUCUUUGGCAACUGUGGUAUAAGCGGGAUAAACGCCUCAGUUCUGUACAUUACAGUUAUUACCUUAGAAAAAUUAACUCUGCAAAGGGACUUGGCUCCACCUCGUCCCGCUGCGUAGUCAAUUAAUUCCAAGGUAAACUUCUUCUUCUUCUAUGAUAUAAUGGCGGUCCGCAAACCAACGUUAAAGGUGAAUGCCGCCACCUACGGUGCUAGAGUGUGUGGUCAAUCAUGGUUUACAACAUUUCUAAAUCAUCCUACCUAACUCAGUACUUCUGAGAAAAUAAAAAAGAGCCCUUCUAACUUCUAAUAGACACCCCCCCCCCCCCCCCCCCCCCCCCAACCCCAUACAACCUCAAUGACCCUACAAUUCCAUCUUUCCCUCUCUUCAACAUACUUACAACAAUAUAACAACACAUGAUUCACCGUUUCUUUCCAAGGUAAUGUACAGAAUGUUGGCAUUCAUCCCUUACUUAUUAUCUUCCUAAUAGGACACAAAAGGCCUCCGCUUCGAGAGUCAGCUGCAAGUUAUGUUGGUACGUACACAUAAAAAAUCGAAUGAGACAUUCAAGUAAAUGUGACAUUUUGUAAUACUACUCAUGAUUAUGAUUCUAAACUACAGUCUUGGGAAGACCCUGACUUAUCAUGGGACACAUCAGUCUAUCAUCAUGAUAUGGUGGUCCUGCCUGUCAGCAAAAUCUGGACUCCUGAACUCCAUGUGACUAAUGGGUGAGUCCACUUACAACAGAAUACAAUAACCUAUGUUUAAUUUAUUCUUGAUUCCUUUUAUAACAUGAUCUUCUAAAUAGUGAGUGACAGAUCUACAGAAAUCAAUUAGAGAUACAGUAUUAAUUUGAGUGGCUAAAUGGUUAGGUGUGACAGUUUCAGUAGAUCAAUCCUCAGUUGUCUAUCCUCAACCUCAUAUCUAGAGUGCAAACAACGAUAAAGCACAGCAACAAGGAUUUGCUGGUGCACAGCAACGGGACUAUAGAGCACAUGAUCAUCAUGAAUACUGUGGUGGGCUGUGAGGUCAAUCUGUACAACUACCCCUUCGCUUCGGAUUUCUGCCCCAUCGCCAUCAAUGUGUGGGCACUUAGAGGUAAGUGCAUAAUUUCAGCCUCAUUCUGUCUGCUAAAUGGCUCUUGCACACAAUUACUUACCAAAGAUCUUAUUAAAAACAAGAUGUUACCAAAAACAACAACAACUUUUUAUAAUCUGUAUAGCCUACUGCAAUUCAGUAUAUAAUGCAAUUCAGUUUAUUUGUCGUCUUUGGAAUUGUCUAUGCUCCCUGACUGUCCUCCCUCCUGACCAAUGAUGUACAGUGCCUUCAGAAAGUAUUCAUACCCCUUGACUUAUUCCACAUUUUGUUGUUACAGCCUGAAUUCAAAAUUGAUUAAAUAUAUUUUCUCUCUCACGCAUCUACAUACAACACCCCAUAUGAAAACGUUUUUAGAAAUGUUUGCAUAUUUAUUUAAAUUGAGCUCAGGUGCAUCCAAUUUCCUUUGAUCAUCCUUGAGAUGUCACUACAACUUGAUUGGAAUAUACCUGUUUAUGUAAGGUCCUACAGUUGACAGUGCAUGUCAGAGCAGAAAUUACACCAUGAAGUCCUAGGAACUGUGCGUAGAUCUCCCAGAUUUGUGAUAAGGCAUACAGUAUAUCUGGAGAAGGGUAUAAAAUAAUUUCUAGAGUGUUGAAAGUUUCCAAGAGCACAGUGGUCUCCAUCAUUGGGAAAUUUACAAAAUAUGGAAGUACCCAGACUAGAGCUGGCCGUCUGACCAAACUGAGCAACUGGGAAAGAAGGACCUUGGUCAGGGAGGUAACCAAGAACUCAAUGACCACUCUGACAGAACUACAGAGUUCCUUGGCUGAGAUGGGAGAACUUGCCAGAAGGACAACAGUCUCUACAGCACUUCACUAAUCUGGGCUUUAUGGGAGAGGGGCCAGACGGAAGCCACUCCUGAGAAAAAGACACAUGACAGCACGCCUGGAGUUGGCAAAAAGGCACAUUAAAGACUUCUGUGGUCUGAUGAGACAAAAAUUGAACUCUUUGGCCUGAAUGCAAACCACUAUGUCUGGAGAAAACCAGGCACAGCUCAUCAGUCGUCUAACACCAUCCCUACCGUUGUGGCAGCAUCAUGCUAUGGGGAUGAUUUUCAGCAGCAUGGAUUGGGAGACUGGUAGGGAUAGAGGGAACAAUGAAUGGAGCCAAAUACAGGCAAAUCAUUGAUGAGAACCUGCUUCAGAGUGCAAACGACCUUAGACUGGGCCAAAGAUUUACGUUCCAACAGGACAAUGACCCCAAGCAUACAGCCAAAGCAACGAUGGAAUGGCUUCAGAACAAGAGCGUGAAAGUCAUUUUGUGGCCCAGCCAAAGCCCAGACUUGAAUCCCAUUGAAAAGACUUGAAAAGUACUGUUCAUCGCCACUCCCCAUCUAACUUAACAGAGCUUGAGAAAAUCUGCAAGAAGAAUGGGAGAAAAUCCCCAAAUCCAGAUGGCAACACAACCAAGAUGUGUAACACAAGUCAAGGGGUAUGAAUACUUUCUGAAGGCACUGUAUAUAAACCCUGGAUUGCUGAUGCUAUGUAUUGGCCAUUGAGAGGCUUUGAAGCCACCGGUCGGCCAUAUUGGCACUCCCCAGUAGGAACAGUCCUCCAUAAGAAUGAAUGGAAUUCUACAGUAUUUCAAUUAAAUGUUUCAAGGAUAAAAUUACAUGUAUUUAAGUAUUGUUUUGUUGUAGUGGCGACAGUAACAUUAGUAAUCUCUAAACAUUAUACUUUAAAAACCCCUGGAGUCAAUGUCCGCGCCCCUGUGGACAUCUAAUUAGCAUAAUAAUACAAAAUCCCAAUCAAAUUUGUCCAUUUAAGAUAGAGAUAUCUGUUUUUUUGCAUCACUAAUAUUACCCCUCUAUGGAAAGGUGAGUCUCUCACGAACACGGAAGUCCACAAGCCUCACCAGACUAGUGUGAAGGUAGCCGGGUACCAGUUGAAAAAAUGAAAGGAAGAAUAUAUGAGAGUUUAGUGCCUAAAAUAAGGAGUUAAAUAAUAAAUAAAUAAAAUAAUAAUAGUUUCCUGAUCUUUCUUAUAUCUCUCAGAUAUAGGACAGACACUUCAGAACAAACUUAUUUUAGAUUUAUUUGGGGGACUAUCUGUUUAUCCAUGUAUGAAGCUGCUAUUCAAUGUGUUUAUAUGGUGUCUGUAAUAGAAUAAAUGUGGUGAAAAUGAAUGUAGAGAUUAAUAAAUGCUUCCAAAAUAUACAGUGGGGAGAACAAGUAUUUGAUACACUGCCGAUUUCGCAGGUUUUCCUACUUACAAAGCAUGUAGAGGUCUGUCAUUUUUAUCAUAGGUACACUUCAACUGUGAGAGACGGAAUCUAAAACAAAAAUCCAGAAGAUCACAUUGUAUGAUUUUUAAGUCAUUCAUUUGCAUUUUAUUGCAUGACAUAAGUAUUUGAUACAUCAGAAAAGCAGAACUUAAUAUUUGGUACAGAAACCUUACAGAGAUCAUACGUUUCCUGUAGGUCUUGACCAGGUUUGCACACACUGCAGCAGGGAUUUUGGCCCACUCCUCCAUACAGACCUUCUCCAGAUCCUUCAGGUUUCAGAGCUGUCGCUGGGCAAUACGGACUUUCAGCUCCCUCCAAAGAUUUUCUAUUGGGUUCAGGUCUGGAGACUGGCUAGGCCACUCCAGGACCUUGAGAUGCUUCUUACGUAGCCACUCCUUAGUUGCCCUGGCUGUGUUUCAGGUCGUUGUCAUGCUGGAAGACCCAGCCACGACCCAUCUUCAAUGCUCUUACUGAGGGAAGGAGGUUGUUGGCCAAGAUCUCGCGAUACAUGGCCCCAUCCAUCCUCCCCUCAAUACGGUGCAGUCGUCCUGUCCCCUUUGCAGAAAAACAUCCCCAAAGAAUGAUGUUUCCACCUCCAUGCUUCACGGUUGGGAUGGUGUUCUUGGGGUUGUACUCAUCCUUCUUCCUCCAAACACAGAGAGUGGAGUUUAGACCAAAAAGCUAUAUUUUUGUCUCAUCAGACCACAUGACCUUCUCCCAUUCCUCCUCUGGAUCAUCCAGAUGGUCAUUGGCAAACUUCAGACGGGCCUGGACAUGCGCUGGCUUGAGCAGCGGGACCUUGCGUGCGCUGCAGGAAUUUAAUCCAUGACGGCGUAGUGUGUUACUAGUGUGUUACUAGUGUUUCUUUGAGACUGUGGUCCCAGCUCUCUUCAGGUCAUUGACCAGGUCCUGCCGUGUAGUUCUGGGCUGAUCCCUCACCUUCCUCAUGAUCAUUGAUGCCCCACAAGGUGAGAUCUUAAAUGGAGCCCCAGACCGAGGAUGAUUGAUUGUCAUCUUGAACUUCUUCCAUUUUCUAAUAAUUGCGCCAACAGUUGUUGCCUUCUCACCAAGCUGCUUGCCUAUUGUCCUGUAGCCCAUCCCAGCCUUGUGCAGGUCUACACUUUAUCCCUGAUGUCCUUACACAGCUCUCUGGUCUUGGCCAUUGUGGAGAGGUUGGAGUCUGUUUGAUUGAGUGUGUGGACAGGUGUCUUUUAUACAGGUAACGAGUUCAAACAGGUGCAGUUAAUACAGGUAAUGAGUGGAGAACAGGAGGGCUUCUUAAAGAAAAACUAACAGGUCAGUGAGAGCCGGAAUUCUUACUGGUUGGUAGGUGAUCAAAUACUUAUGUCAUGCAAUAAAAUGCUAAUUAAUUACUUUAAAAUCAUACAAUGUGAUUUUCUGGAUUUUUGUUUUAGAUUCCGUCUCUCACAGUUGAAGUGUACCUAUGAUAAAAAUUACAGACCUCUACAUGCUUUGUAAGUAGGAAAACCUGCAAAAUCGGCAGUGUAUCAAAUACUUGUUCUCCCCACUGUAUAUAUUUUUACAAUACAUUUACAUUUUACAUUUUAGUCAUUUAGCAGACGCUCUUAUCCAGAGCGACUUACAGUUAGUGAAUACAUUAUAUAUAUAUUUUUUAUACUGGCCCCCCAUGGGAAUCGAACCCACAACCCUGGCGUUGCAAACGCCAUGCUCUAUCAACUGAGCUACAUCCCUGCCGGCCAUUCCCUCCCCUACCCUGGACGACGCUGGGCCAAUUGUGCGCCGCCCAUGAGUCUCCCGGUCGCGGUCGGCUGCGACAGAGCCUGGAUUCGAACCAGGAUCUCUAGUGGCACAGUUAGCACUGCGAUGCAGUGCCUUAGACCACUGCGCCACUCAGGAGUGGCGCAGUGGUGGGGGAGUGCCAAGAUGGAGGCAUGGUGGCUUCAACACAGCGGCCCCCAUCUGUCAUGAAGUGUAUACAGUGCAUUCGGAAAGUACUCAGACCCCUUGACUUUUUCAACAUUUUGUUACGUUACAGCCUUAUUCUAAAAUUGAUUAAAUUGGGUUUUUUCUUCAUCAAUCUACACACAAUAUCCCAUAAUAACAAAGCAAAAACAGGUUUUUUGAAUUAUUUGCAAAUUUCUUACAAAUAAAAAAAAUGAAAUAUCAUAUUUACAUAAGUAUUCAGACCUUUACUCAGUACUUUGUUGAAGCACCUUUGGCAGCAAUUACGGCCUCGAGUCUUCUUGGGUAUGACGCUACAAGCUUGGCACACCUGUAUUUGGGGAGUUCCUCCCAUUCUUCUCUGCAGAUCCUCUCAAGCUCUGUCAGGUUGGAUGGGGAGCGUCGCUGCACAGCUAUUUUCAGGUCUCUCCAGAGAUGUUCGAACGGGUUCAUGUCCGGGCUCUGGCUGGAAAACUCAAGGACAUUCAUUGACUUGUCCUGAAGCCACUCCUGUACUUUGCUCCAUUCAUCUUUCCCUCGAUCCCGACUAGUCUCCCAGUCCUUGCUGCUGAAAAUAAUCCCCCACAGCAGCGUCCGUCUGGCCACUCUACCAUAAAGGCCUGAUUGUUGAAGUGCUGCAGAGAUGGUUGUCCUUUUGGAAGGUUCUCCCAUCUCCACAGAGGAAACUCUGGAGCUCUGUCAGAGUGACUAUCGGGUUCUUGGUCACCUCCCUGAUCAAGGCCCUUCUCCCCCGAUUGCUCAGUUUGGCCGGGCGGCCAGCUCUAGGAAGAGUCUUGGUGGUUCCAAACUAAUUCCAUUUAAGAAUGAUGGAGGCCACUGUGUUCUUGGGGACCUUCAAUGCUGCAGACAUAUUUUGGUACCCUUUCCAGAUCUGUGCCUCGACACAAUCCUGUCUCGGAGCUCUACGGACAAUUCCUUCGACCUCAUGGCUUAGUUUUUGCUCUGACAUGUACUGUCAACUGUGGGAUCUUAAAUAGACAGGUGUGUGCCUUCCCAAAUCAUGUCCAAUCAAUUGAAUUUACCACAGGUGGACUCCAAUCAAGUUGUAGAAACAUCUCAAGGAUGAUCAAUGUAAACAGGAUGCACCUGAGCUCAAUUUAGAGUCUCAUAGCAAAGGGUCUGAAUGCUUAUGUAAAUAAGGUAUAUUUUAAUCAAUGUGCAAAAAAUUCUAAAAACCUGUUUUCACUUUGUCAUUAUUGGGUAUUGUGUGUAGAUUGUUGAGGAUUUAUUUAUUUUUUAAUCCAUUUUAGAAUAAGGCUGUAACAUAACAAAAUGUAGAAAAGGUCAAGGGGUCUGAAUACUUUCUGAAGGCACUGUACAUCAUUGUACCUGACACUCCGUCCCCUCCAGGUUUGUGGUAACAGAGACGUGUUUGGGCCGUUGUAUCAUGCUGCAGAUCCAAUUGGCCUUUGCGUGUCUUUUGGUGCUGGUUAGUGGGCUGGACACAGUGAAUAUUAGGGGUGUAAUGGUUCACAAACAUUUUUAUUUGGUUCAGUCCUUGAUUUUUGGCUCGGUUUUCAGGAGGGAAAAAACUAACAAUAUACCAUCCUUUGUAAAUUAUAAUAAAGAUAGACAAUCUUUAGGCCUAAUUUAUCUCCCAAAUUAAAGCUUUAGCCUAGCAUUGAAGGGGAAGUUCAGUAUUUUACAACUUCAUGUUAGAUGGUUCCUCACCCUGAAAGUAGUAUAUGGGCUAGGAGAAAGUGUAAUCUGUGGUUCAGUUUUCUCUGAACAGCAACUACAAACUUCAGCUAACUUUAGCCACUGCUAAGCCAAAAAAAAUUAUGGGAGUGAUUGGGGCAAUCCUGCAAAUCAACUCCAUAUUUAGUUUGUUACUUAAAGGUGAUUUGGACAACUUUUUUUUACAUUGUAUUUUGCAAAUAAUGUGGCACUUCUCUCAGAGACCACACGCUACGAAACAAAGAAGUUUUGUUUGGAUAUGCCUACCAGUGACAUUGUUUCACCAAAGUGGCUCUGAAAUAUUUGUUACAGUAGGCGACCACCACUGGAGUAGGGAUCAAAAUGUUCACAUCUUUAUUUUCUUAUCAUAUCAAUUUUUUUAAGCGUUUAUUUUGUAUUUAUUUAUGUGAUCGUUUUUUCCAUCCUCUCCUGAGAACCAAGAUAAAACCAAAACAAGAGAGUCGAAUAUCAAGAAAUGAACCGAACAAAAAAAUUAUAUCUUUACACCCUUAAAACAAAUGAUUUGUUGUAUUAAGCUAUGGUAUAUGAUCUUUGAAUGAGUGAACUAGUAUAAAAUAUCUGCCUUUCUAGGAUGUGGUAUGUUCCUGAACUUUGGGGCUGUGAGCAAGACUAGCACAAACCGCGGGGAUUGGCUUACCGAGAACGUGGAACUCACUGCUAAAGGAGGCAGAGAUGAUCGCAACUAUCUAUGGGUUAGUGAGUGCUCCCUGGUGAUUUCAUUCGUUUUGUUUUGUGGGACAUGUAAAGAUACUUUACUCUUCCUAUUUUUUAGGGCAGAGCUUAAACAACAUUUACACACUAAAAAUACAAUGCACUUAAAUAAAAAUGUAUCUGAUGUUUUCAUACCUUUCAUAAGUAGUGUUCCGUUGAGAUAAAUACACAUCCCAGGCUAUCUAUUGCGUAGAUCCAUAAAUACACAUCCCAGGCUAUCUAUUGUGUAGAUUCAGCUACAUGUCACAAUCCCAAAUUAAUGGAAAAGAUGAGCACUAUGUAAUUUCCAGAUUUGCAGUGCGUAUCUUUUCCCAUUCAUUUGGGGUUAAGGAAUAGUUGGAUCUGCACAACCGAUGGUGAAGAAUGUGGACUCAUUGACAUUAGGCUUCUUUUGAGUUCUGAAAACAUCUGACAAAGUCUGAUUUUGGAGUGUAAUGCUCUUCCCUUUCAAUUUUAAACAAAUGCUACGUUUAGAUGCAAGAGCUCGAAAAACUAAUUAUUUCAGUCUGGCCUACCAAUCUGUCUUCACAGGUGUCGCUGAAAAUGCGGUCCGAAACCCCGUUUCUGUCCCUGGUCCUGCCAAGUAUACUGAUCAUUGUGGCUGAUGUGGUGAGCUUUGCCCUGCCGCUGGGAGGGGGCGAGCGUAUCUCCUUCAAGGUUACACUGGUUCUCAGCUUCAUCAUGUUCCUCAUCAUCCUCAAGGAUCUUCUGCCUGAAGGAGGCCAGUGCAGCCCCAUCAUCCGUGAGUGUUCUGCGUGGAACAGCAUUUUGUUAUAAAGGGUGUGUAUGUAACAGAGUUAAGAACGAGCCAUAGGCUUUUUUCACAGCUAGCUUGAAAUGUCGCCAAGGGAGCUAUCAAAUUUCUAUAGCUCAAUUGGUUGGUACGUUGUCAAGGAGGACGGUCACGUGUGUUUGCGAGCAGUGAUCCUGAACAGCAACAGUGAUCCUAGUGAUCCUUUGUGAGCAGAGGAUCACUAUUUCUAGCCCGGUAUGUUACAGGGACAGUAAAGGAAGCUAUACUGUUAGCAGCACACUGACAUCAGUUUCAUGUAUACAGCACCUCUCUGCCACCAUAUAACACUCACACAUCUCUCUCUCUCUUGUUGUUCUCCAUAGGAAAGCACUUCUGUUUCUGUUUGGUCAUCCUGGUGUUGAGCAUGUUGCAGUCUAUGGUGCUCACACGUCUGGCUAAGUGUGGCACUCUCUGGCCCUGCAGCCUCUCCAAGUCCAAAGACUCACCGCUUAAAGACACAGACAAUGAAGAGGGUAAACUUUUUAAUUAUUUUGUCAUCUCAGUUACCCACAGAGCAAGAUAUAUUUUUCUGGUUGCCAAAGAAGACGUUAACAAAACGUCCUUAUACAACCAUUUAUAACCUGACCAUGAUGUCAAAAUGACGUUAUUGCAACCAGUUUUACUGGGUACCCCAUAAAAAAUAAUCUAAAUCACCAUAAACUAGUCAAGUUGUAUUUUAUUGAUGCACAACCUUUUCAUUAUUACCCUUUAGAUGCAGUUAAAGCUUGCAGCUGACAUCUUUCCCAGUAUAUUUUCUUGUUACCAUCAUUUGUCUCGUGUAUACGCUGGUCUGGCCAGCUACUGCAUUUGAUGUUUAAUCUGUCACUGAAAACUAUGUCCUGAAUCAUUUUUACCUCUUUAUUUAAUUAUGUUAUUUUAAAUAUGUUAUCCUUUUGUUUCUCUGAUUUACUUUGUUUAGAAUCCAGGCCUGAUAUUACUGUCAUCAAACUGAAAGCCUCAGAGGAAGAGAAGAAUUCACCCCUCCAGAAGGUGGUGAAGUUUCUCAACAAAAUGGCUGCACAAGACCAGAAAGAAGUAAGACACCAUCGCUUUGCCAACAAAGUAGACUUGAUCUGUUUCUGUAUCUAUCUCACCAUCCUCAUUGUUUAUACAGCCGCCAUUUUAUAUUUCUCCUUUGGUUCUCGAUGUGAGAUCAACCAAUUAGAAUUCUGGGAGAACUAA